AUGCAGCAGGCCAGUGUAGGUGGCUGCGACGAGGACUUCGGCACGACGAGUCCCACGGCGAGGUCGCCGAUUGGCCUCGCGAUCAAGAGCGAACCCGGCGUAGACAGGAACGACGGUGCAGUGAGGGUUAAAGUCGAGAUGCCCGAGCCCACGGAGGCCGGCGUCGAGGUCAAAGGUGAGCCCCGGGAGGAUUAUCAGCGGCAGCAGCCGAGCAACGACGGUUAUCACUUAUACGGCGACAAGAAGCCGGGAUACGUUCUGGACGCUCCCGGACAGCCACCGCCACCGCCACCGCCGCCACCGCCGCCGCAUCCUCAUCAGGGAUACCGUCCCGCGGGAUUGCCCAACUCUUUCGGCUUCCCAUCUUUUUACGGGCAUCAUCAUCAUCCGGCGAUGAUGCCGUCGUUCCCGACCGGACGCCCGUCCGCGGACGGGCCGAUCGGCAAGAUCGGCGACGAGCAGACGACGUCGUCGCACGUCGACCGACACGCGGCUGCCGCCGCUGCCGCUGCCGCCGCCUACGGCAGAUUGCCACCGGUUCCCAACGAUGGCUUCCUGCACGAGCCCCAUCAUCACCGCUUCGACGCCGGCGACUUCCAGCACGGUGUGCCGUACCCGGGUUUCCGGCCCGCCAUGCGCUCGUACGGCAAUCAUCAGAACAACAGCGCCUACAGCAGAAGCGGCCACUAUCACCCGGCCAGGCAGCGCAAGUGGAGCAGCUCCGCGUUCCGCGGACUUCAUCCACCGAUGCCUUGGCCCACGUGGUUUUUCCGCCCAGAUCUUCCACUUGGCACGCCGCUACCGACGAGUCACGUUCCAAAUUCGAGUAACGUUCCUACUUCGUCGCCUCUGCCAUCUCGGACGCAUCUGGAUGUUCCGAAAGGGCCGGAGCCUCCUUCCAACACCAACAAAGUCCAUGGACAGACGCCAACGAUAUGCACAUCUAUCCGCUGCACGGUGAACGCCUGCUCCUGCGACUCCUUCACACCCGGAAAACGUCAUCUGCGCUACUGCGAGAACUGCCAUCAUGGAUGGGUGCCUCACGUUUUCAUCGCACGGGAACUCGCGUAUGAGCGAUGAAUCCGGCUCGACGCUAAUGAUCCUUUCGUCCUUGCCCGGAAAUCCCUGGAG